AUUCCAGCGAGUUCCCGUGGGGAGCUUUCUUGCAAGUUUCCCUGUGAAGCCGAACAGUCAGGAGUAUUUCCGUUUGACGUGUUCUGUCUGCUGCUGCUGCUGGGUGCUGUGAGGAGAGCUCCGGCAAGCUCAGAAGUCCCGACAUGGGUGUUGUGACCUAUGAUGAUGUGCAUGUGAACUUCACUCAGGAAGAGUGGGCUUUGCUGGAUCCUUCCCAGAAGAGUCUCUACAAAGAUGUGAUGCUGGAGACCUACAGGAAUCUUGCUGCUGUAGGCAACAAUUGGGAAGACCAUAAUAUUGAAGAACAUUUUCAAAGUUCUAGAAGACGUGGAAGGCAUGAAAAAAGUCCUAUUGAAGAGAAAUCCUCAGAAUUUACUCAACAUGGUAAAAUCUUUGCUUAUCACAGCCAUCCUCAAAGACAUCAACAAAUUCAUACCGGAGAGAAAUCCUAUGAAGGUAUUCAAUAUUUUGAGGCCUUUGCAUAUCACAGUAGUCUACAAAUACAUAAAAGAACACACGGCGGAGACAAACCCUCUAAUUGUAACCAAUGUGGUAAAGCCUUUACAGGUCACAGUUCUCUUAAAAUGCAUAAAAGAAUUCAUACAGGUGAGAAACCUGACGAAUGUAAUCAAUGUGGUAAAGACGUUCCACAACACAGUCAUCUUCAGCAACCUGCAGGAAUUCAUACUGUGAAAUGUAGCCAAAGCGGUAAAGACUUUGCAUGUUAUACCAAUCUACAAAUACGUCAAAGAACACAUACUGCAGAGAAAGCUUAUGAAUGCAAUCUCUGUGGUAAGGCCUUUGUACAGCACAGUCAUCUUGAAAGGCAUGGAAGAAGUCAUACUGGGGAGAAACCCUAUAAAUGUAAUCAGUGUGGUAAAGCCUUUUCACAAAGCAGUAAUCUCCAAGUGCAUAAAAGAACACAUACUGGAGAAAAACCCUUUGAGUGUAAGCAAUGUGGGAAAGCCUUUGCAAGUCAGAGUGGUCUCCAACAGCAUAAAAGAACACAUACGGGAAAGAGACCCUUUGAAUGUAAGCAGUGUGAUAAAGCCUUUGCACGUCACAGUCAUCUUCAAAGACAUCAAAGAAUUCAUACUGUAGAGAAGCUCUAUGAAUGUAAUCAAUGUGGUAAAUCCUUUGCACAAAACAAUCAUUUUAUACAACAUAUAAGAACACAUACUGGAAAGAAACUCUAUGAGUGUAAGCAAUGUAAUAAAGCCUUUGCAUGUCAAAGUGGUCUCCAGUAUCAUAGAAGAACACAUACUGGAGAGAAGCCCCAUGGAUGUAAUGAAUGUGGGAAAACAUUCAUAUAUCACAGUUAUCUUCAGAUACAUCGAAGAACACAUACUGGAGAGAAACCCUUUGAAUGUGACCAAUGUGGGAAAGCCUUUGCACGGAACAAUAAUCUCCAAGUGCAUAAAACAAUACAUACUAGAGAGAAACUCUGUGAAUGUAAGCAGUGUGGCAAAGCCUUUGUAAGUCACAGUAGUCUCCACGUGCAUAAAAGAACACAUACUGAAGAGAAACCCUAUGAAUGUAAGCAGUAUAGCAAAGACUACACAGCAAAGUGGUCUCCAGAAACAUAAACAAAUGCAUAAUGGAGAGAAACCCGAUGAGAGUAAUCAAUGUGAUCAAGCCUUUGCAUGUCAAAAUGGUCUCCUGUAUCAUAAAACAACACAUCCUGGAGAGAAACCCUAUGGAUGUAACGAAUAUGGUAAAGUCUUUGACCUGGCAGUUAUUUUCAAUUAUAUAAAAGAAUACACAUACUGGAGAGAAACCCUUUGAAUGUGACCAAUGUGGUAAAGUCUUUGCGUGAAGCAGUCAUCUCCUAACAUAUAAAAGAAGACAUACUGGACAGAAACCCUAUGAAUGUAAGCAAUGUGGCAAAACCUUUGUGUGUCAAAGUGGUCUCCAAUAUCAUAAAAAAAAACCCAUAACAUAUACAGCAAAGAAACCCUAUGAAGGUCAUCAAUAUGAUCAAGCCUUUGCAUGUGAAAGUGGUCUCCUGUAUCAUAAAACAACACAUACUGGAGAGAGACCCUAUGGAUGUAAUAAAUAUGCUAAAGUCUUUGUACUUCACAGUUAUCUUCAUAUAUAUAAAAUAAUACAUACUGGAGAGAAAUUCUUUGAAUAUGACCAAUGUGGUAAAGCCUUUGUGUGUCAAAGUCGUCUCCAGUAUCAUAAAAGAGCCCAUAACAUACAGGAAAGAAACCCUGUGACUGUCAUCAAUGUGAUAUACCCUUUGCAUGUCAGACAUCUUCAAAGGCACUAAGGAAACUAUAAUGUAGAGAAACUCUGAGUAUAUUUAACAUGAUGAAGCCUUUGUACAUUUCUGUAGUCUUCAUCAUCAUGAAAGAAACCCAUAGUGGAAAGAAACAAUGAGUGUACUACAUUGGGUCAAGCCUUUUCACAUUUCACAAGUCUUCAUCGUCUUGAAAGAAUGCAUACUAGGGCAAGGCUAUAUGGAUAUAUUUAAUAUAGUGAAACAUUUGAACAUUUCUACAAUCUUUAUCAUCAUGAAAGAAUUUCUACUGGAGAGAAACUAUGACUAUAAAGGAUUUGGCAAUAUGUAUAGCUGUCACAUUUAUAUUCAGUCAAACAAGAUUAUUUUUCUGGACAAAAAAAUGGGACAGUGUCAACAAUCUAUUCAAACUUUAUGGUUUGAUGUCCCUCUUUAUUUUGUUUGUACUUGUGAGCACAGAAAUCCCUGUUUAUUUUUGUUUGUACUUAUAAUCACAUUUCUCUACAGUUACAUGAAAUAGCUCAUUCUGAUAUAAAACUUUCAUAUUUUGAAAUGUUUGGAGUAGGGAUUGAAGUUUGCUGUAUGUCUUACAAGUCUAUUUACAAAAGUGCUUUUUCUGUUGCUAUGAUAAAACACAAUGUCUAAGGCAGCUUAUAAAAGAGAUUAAUUUGG